CAGCUCAGAGGUCUCCUUUAUCUUCCGACUCUCCACUCCCCUCCGCGCCUCUCGUUCCGGCCGCGCCCCGAGUCCCACCUCCAAGUCUCAGCCCCGCUUCCCAGGCGCGCACAGCGCUUCCCCGCCUCGCCCGAGCCCAGCCUCUCCGUCGCGGACCCCGCCCUCCAGGCGGCCGAAUCUGCUCCAGGUGCAGCCCCAGGGCGUGGUCGGGUUCCGGGAGCGCAGGUGCAGUUUCCGUGUCAAGAUGGCCGCCUCCUGCCGCGCCUCGGCCUGGCUUCCUCCAGGCAGCUCCGGCCCCCUACCCACCGGGGCCCGGCUGCUGCGCGUCGCCCUGUGCCUCCUGUGCUGGGCCCCGACGGCUGUGGACGCUGUUCCUGAGCUCGGGCUCUGGACCAGGACGGUCAAUGACAAAUCAGGACCUUUGAUAUUUAGGAAAACUAUGUUUAACUCUACUGACAUCAAGUUUUCUGUUAAGUCAUUCAGCUGCUUUGGGCCUGUGAAGUUUACCAUAGAGUGGCAUUUGAAGUAUCACACCUGUCACAAUGACUACUCUGAGCUGGAGGAGAUGUCCCAAAAACGUGAACUUCAUGAUCAGGACUUCUGUGCUUAUUUCAAGAACAUUGACUGUUGGACAACAAAAAAUGAAAACUUAGAUUGCAACAGUGAUUUACAGGUGUUUCCCUCAUUAAACAAUAAAGAACUGACAGGCAUAAGAAAUGUUUCAAGCCAGGAAGGUUCAAUGGACAUCGUAGCCAGGACACAGAGGGAUGGCUUUCACAUCUUCAUUGUCUCUAUUAAAACAGACAAAACAGAUGCAAACUGGAAUUUGAAUGUUUCUCUUUCUAUGGUGGGGCCUCAUGGAUAUAUCUCUGCAUCAGAUUGGCCUCUAAUGAUUUUUUACAUGGUGAUGUGUAUUGUUUACAUAUUAUAUGGUGUCCUCUGGUUGAUGUGGUCUGCCUGUUACUGGAAAGAUAUAUUAAGAAUCCAGUUCUGGAUUGCCGCUGUUAUUUUCCUAGGAAUGCUUGAAAAAGCAGUUUUUUAUAGUGAAUACCAAAACAUCAACAGCACUGGACUGUCAACCCAAGGUUUACUGAUAUUUGCAGAGUUGAUAUCUGCGAUUAAGAGGACAUUGGCUCGCCUUCUUGUGAUCAUUGUGAGCUUGGGUUAUGGCAUUGUGAAGCCUCGUCUAGGAACAGUCAUGCACCGGGUGACUGGACUGGGACUGCUUUACUUUAUCUUUGCAGCCAUCGAAGGCGUGAUGCGAAUCAUUGGGGCAAAUGAUUCUGAUCUUGUUCUUCUGGCCAGCCUGCCUCUCUCUCUGCUUGACUCGGGCUUGUGCUGGUGGAUUUUUAUAAGUUUGGCACAAACUAUGAAGACUCUAAGGCUAAGAAAGAACACAGUAAAGUUUUCAUUGUACAGGCAUUUUACAAAUACUCUCAUCUUUGCUGUGCUAGCUUCUAUAGUGUUUAUGGUGUGGACAACUAAGACGUUUAGAAUUGCAAAAUGCCAAUCAGAUUGGAUGGAGCUCUGGGUGGAUGAUGCAUUUUGGAGCUUCCUUUUCUCACUUAUCCUUAUUGUAAUAAUGUUUUUAUGGAGGCCAUCAGCAAAUAAUCAAAGGUAUGCCUUCAUGCCCUUAAUAGAUGAUUCUGAUGAUGAAGUUGAAGAAUUCAUGGUAACAUCUGAGAAUUUAAGUGAGUAUGUGUCUGAAGGAAUAAAAUUAAGAGCCUCAAAAACAGUUUCAAAUGGGACAGCUAAACCAACUUCUGAAAAUUUCGAUGAAGAUUUGAAAUGGGUGGAAGAAAAUAUUCCAUCUUCAUUCACAGACGUAGCGCUUCCAGUGCUGGUAGAUUCUGAUGAGGAAAUUAUGACCAGAUCUGAAAUCGCUGAGAAAAUGUUCUCUUCAGAAAAGAUAAUGUGAUGGGAACUUGAAAAUCAAAUUAAUGGUGAAGGACUGUCUAUCAAGACUGAAAGACAGCUUUGUUGUGAUUUAACAAAGCAAGUUUUUAUUUUGUUGUCUUGGAAAUCUUUGUAUUUAAAUGAAGAAUUCAGGUGGUGGGAGGGCCCUGCCCCUCACCAAGCUGACUUUAAAUGUCAGUUUAAUUGUCAUUAAGUUGCCUAAAUUUGGAAAUAAUCUAAGAAGUGUUAUGAAAACUAUGUGUGCACAAAUGCCUGUUUGGUGACAGCAGCAGGCAUAUGGAUUUGGGCUCUCUCUUCUCUGGAAUAUAGGACCACUCUGGAAGAUUUUCUUAAAAAAGAAAAUGUCUAUAUGAAGACCCCUUGAACACUCCUUUCCACCUGCCCAUGCGAUAUGGUUCUUCGAAGGCUAGAAUAGUAGUCUCCAUCCUCUCAGUGAUUAUUUUCUUGGACUUUUAUACUGAGGUGAUUUACUGUUGGAAUGUGUGUUUGUGUUUUAUUUUGCCUCUUCCAGUCUGCAUAAAGCUCUUGUUUGUAAAUUCCACAUGCACAGCAAGUCAUGGAGUUAGGUCUUCUCUGAGCUCAGGGGAACACAGGUGCACAAAGAGAGAAGCCUUGAGGGACAGACACUUCCAAAGAUUUGCUCUACUACUGUCCCUUCCCUCCUUCAGGCCAUAGGUAUGUGUGCUGCUGCUGAUUCUGCUGUGACCCCUGGCCACAUGGCUCCCCCACAGCACUUUCUACCCAGCCAUCUGGGAGACCCUUUCCUCGAGAGCCUUGUGGGAACUAGAACUGCGUCGUUUACAUGCUCUUGGCAUUUUCCGUUUCGUAAUAAAAGCAUAUUUAACUACA